AUGGAUUGUCUUCUCCUUUGCGCUGCUCUAGUGGCAUUGACCCUCUUCAUCUUCUACGGGGUGCAUAUAGUCAUCUAUCGUCUGUACGCUCAUCCAUUAGCCGGGUUUCCCGGUCCCAAGCUUGCCGCUGCUACUUCCCUCUAUGAGUUCUACUACGACGUUGUCAAGAGUGGAAUGUAUAUCUGGGAAAUCGAGCGUAUGCACCAGCAGUACGGCCCUAUCGUCCGAAUUAAUCCCCAUGAACUCCAUAUCAAAGACCCUUACUAUUACGAAGAAAUCCACGCUUCCGGAUCUCGCAAACGUGCCAAAAACCCAAAGUACGCUAUUGCGUUCGGCGCUCCCUACUCUCUCGUCGGAACUAUCGGCCAUGACCACCACCGUUUGCGCCGCAGCUUCGUCGCAAAUUACUUCUCCAAACGCUCGGUCAUGGAUCUCACCCCCAUGAUCAAUCAAAAGGUCGACAAAUUGAUCGCCCGCUUCGAGGACGCCUACCACCAGGAUACAGUCCUACAUCUAAUGCUGGAUUUCGCUGCUCUGACCGCCGACGUAAUCACCUACUACUCCUUCGGCUGGAGCCACGGAUACCUGGAUGAUGCAAAUAGCUCGAGUAGCAAUGACUUCGUCGACGCCGUUAACGGUCUGAUGUCCAUGUUCCAUAUCAACCGCUUCUUCUCCAUUCUCAUCACCAUCUUCCGCGCAGUCCCACCGAAAGUGGUGGGCUGGCUGCAGCCGCAAAUGGCAGAUCUGUACAAAUUCAAAGCUAAGCUUCGUCGACAGGCUAGCGAGACUUUGAAAAAGCGGGGGAACCAUGCGGAUAGCAAAGACCAGGUAUCAAUUUUUGAUGCUCUAGUGAGUCCGCAUGUGCCACCUGAGGAGAAGACUCUGGACCGGUUGGAGGAUGAGUCCGCCUUACUGUUAGGUGCUGGCACGGAGACCACGGCGCGCGCUAUCGUGCUCACGAUGUUCCAUCUGAUUAACAAUAGAAAUAUGACACUGAAAUUGCGCGAUGAGCUGAGGACUGUACUGGAGACGCCUACUUCCAAGGCUUCGUGGACUCAACUCGAGAAGCUUCCUUAUCUGACAGGUGUCAUCAACGAGGGUCUCCGUCUAAGUCACGGCAUGAUUGCACGGCUAGGUCGCGUUUCACCCAACGACCCGAUGAUCUACAGAGAUUGGGUCAUCCCCGCGGGUACACCAGUCAGUCAGUCGAACUACUUCGUACACAUGGACCCAACCCUCUUUCCCGAGCCCGAGAAGUUUGACCCCGAGCGAUGGAUUCGUGCUGCAGAGAACGGCGAAUACCUCAGCCGAUUCAUCGUCGCGUUCACCAAGGGCAGCAGACUGUGUCUUGGGAUGAACCUCGCUUACGCAGAAAUCUACAUGUCCCUGGCCCAUAUCAUCCGCCGCUUCGACUUCGUUCUCCAUGAAACCACAAUGGACAACAUCGCCGUCUACCGCGAGCUCGGAAUCGCAUACCCAAAGAAAGGCUGCUUUAGCGUCAAGGCCAAGGUUGCUGCUAUUAUCGAGAAAUGA